AGCCAAAGCUAGUAUUAAUCCAAUACUAUCUAAUUGUUUGGAAUAAUAUUCAUCAUGACAAUGAGUAAUAUUAGAGUGGUAAUAACAAUUUUUGUGGUUGUGGCUGCUGCAAGUUUGUUUGGAGGAGGUGAAGCUCAAUUGAGCUCAACAUUCUACUCCACCUCGUGCCCUAAUGUAACCGAGGUCGUCACAAGCAUCCUCACGCCCGCUUUUCAGAACGAUGUUCGUAUUGGUGCAAAAAUCAUUCGCAUGCAUUUCCACGACUGCAUGGUCAAUGGUUGCGAUGGUUCUUUGUUGUUGGAUGAUGGAAAUGGAAUAGAGACCGAAAAAACUACACUUCCAAACCAAUCUAUCACUGGUUAUAAUGUUAUUGACGAUAUUAAGGCGGCUCUCGAGAGUGUUUGCCCUGGUACCGUGUCGUGUGCUGAUAUUCUUGCCAUUGGUUCUCAAAUUGGAGUUGAAUUGGCACAAGGGUCUCCCACUACAUGGACAGCUGAGUUAGGAAGAAGGGACAGUACAAAUGCGAAUAGAGCCGGAACAACAGCUAUCCCAAGCCCCUUUGAUGACAUUACCACGCAAUUACGAAAGUUCGACGAUGUUAAUCUUAAUCCCACUGACCUCGUCGCAUUAUCGGGUGCUCACACUUUUGGGGUAGCCAGGUGUGGAACAUUUGUUCACCGUCUAUACAACUUCAGCGGUACUGGUGCCCCCGACACUAACAUUGAUCCCACAUACCUCCAGACACUUCAACAAACGUGCCCAAAUGGUGGCAAUGCUAACGCGAUUGAGAAUUUGGAUCAAGACACUCCGAAUACCUUUGACAACCGCUACUUCACCAACCUUCAAACCAACAAGGGACUACUACAAACCGACCAAGAUCUUUUCUCGACUCAAGGGGGAGCCACGGCUGGGAUUGUUAACCAGUUUGCUGCAAGUCAAACCGCUUUUUUCAACGCAUUUGGUACGUCCAUGAUCAAGAUGGGAGCUAUUAGACCUCUAACCGGGACUAAUGGGGAAAUCAGAACCAUUUGUGGAAGGCCUAACUAAUUUGUAGCUAAUUAAAAGUAUUAUUGUUGUUGCUGCUUUGUGUGUUCAAAUUGAUGACAAGUAUAAAAAAUAUUUACUUGUAUCAAUCAUACUUAUCAUUUUAAAUAAAAUGUAAUUUUUGUUAUUGU